GAAAUACCCAAUAUUGUAAGGCACAUGCUCUCCUUCCAAUUCCAUCUUCGUGGAGCCAUAAUGGACCCCCAAUCCUUACCCAACUUCCUCUCUUAAAAUCCCAACACCAUCCCUUUCUUCUUUUUAUUCAUUCUCUUUUUAUAUCACUCCUUUUUAUUUUCUCUCUAAACUCUCACCCACAUUCCUAAAAAUUAUCCAUGGAUGCAAAACAAAACCCUCCAACUAGAACAAAUUGCAACUCACCCGAAUUUGAGUUCUGGAUGCUCAGAAACCCAUCUUUUCCACAACCAAAUCUUCUCACCGCCGAUGAACUCUUCGUCGACGGUGUACUCCUUCCCCUCCAUCUUAUCCCCGUCACAAAUAACUCUGAUCCACCAAACCCGGACCCACUAGUUAAAGACCCGGAUCCAGAACCCGAUUCCCAACCCGAAUCUUCAUCGGCUAUAACUGAAUCCUCAACCACCACCACUUUCUCAUCUUCAAAACGGUGGAAAGAUAUUUUCCGAAAAGGUGAGAAAAAAACCACCGAAAAUAACAACACAGAAGAGAAAGAGAACAAAAAGAAGGAGAAGGAGAAGAAGAAAGAGAGAAAAAAUGGAAGCGGUUCCACUUCUGCAGAGUUGAACAUCAAUAUAUGGCCAUUUUCACGAAGUAGGUCCGCAGGUAAUACCGGUACCCGACCCAAAUUAUUCCCCGGGGCUCCGGUUACCCGGAAAGUCAACAGCGCGCCGUGUUCUCGUAGCAACUCAACCGGAGAGUCAAAGUCGAGAAAAUGGCCGAACAGUCCGGGUCGGGCCGGAGUUCACGUCGGUCGGAGCAGUCCCGUAUGGCAAGUUCGUCGUGGUAUCUCCAAAAACUCAGAGCAACAGCCUCUUAAGACAGAGAAAGCGUCAAAGGCUGAAUCCGCCGCAACUCGCCGGAGCAAGGUAGUUCCCGGCGUUGGAGGUAAAACUAGGGUUUUGAGCUUGAAUGUUCCGAUGUGUAUUGGCUACAGACAUCACUUGAGCUGUAGAAGUAACGAGAGCGGUUCCGUCGGUGUGAGUGGUGGCGCCGUCACGAACGGUGGUGGUGAGUGUCAUCAUAAUGAUGAAGGAAGUGGGGGUAACAUUUUUAAUCUACGCAACCUCUUCACCAAAAAAAGCAUAGUAACUUCUCACUAGUUUUACUUUUUUUAACCCUGGCACAAGUUAUUAAUAUUAUGUAAUUAUUUACUACCACUUUUUCUAUUUUCUUUUUUGGUUCCCUUAAACUAACCUUUUUGGGAUUAUUUUGUUUAUUUUCUUAUACAGAAAUUUAAGUUUAUCUUUUUAUUUAAUUAUCAUAUCUUGGAUGUAUUUUAUGGUCUCAUAUUAAGUGUAAUUUUAGAAUAUUAAGAUAGUAUUAAUAGAUUUUGAAGUUCAAGUGCA